AUGCGGUAUACCCCUCUCUUCGCCUUGAUUGGGCUCCUAUCCGUCACUUCCGCCAACCCAAUCCUACACCCUCGCGCUACUCCUACCACCACUAAUCGGACCACUACCAGCAGUACAGCACCAUGCGCCGCCGUCUCCUCAGCCCACUAUGCUCCGAGCAACAAAGAUGGUACAGUCCCUGCACAGCUGGCCUACGAAUGCCUCAAAAGCGUGCCACUCAACGUGACCGCUGCCAAGAGGCUCAUGGGGGAGAUACGGCCCUACAUCAAUUGGCAGACAAACAUAGUCUUCCUGAAGAACCCACCCGCCGAGUAUGUGCAAAAGAUCCAGCAGCCCGUGGACAUUCUGGCCGGAUUAGACAAAAUUGAGGCACAGAUUGAUAGUGGGGCUUUCUUUGGCGAGUAUGACUUUGGACUUGCGCUGUAUAAACUUAUCCUAUCAGCACACGACGGUCAUUUCUCUAUUGUCCUGGAUUCCGUAGGAAAUUUCUUCAACUUCGACCGGAAAUUCCCAUUAGUUUCCGUCUCUGAAGACGGAGUGAAGUUACCCGCGGUUUUCGUAUACGGCGAUGUUUUAGGUCAGCAAUUCAAUACUAUUUCAGGGGCAUAUACUCCCUCUGCCGUUGUCAAGAUUGAUGGCCAAGAUGCUGCGACUUUCCUCGAAAAUUGGAGCCAAUGGGGGAUUCUUCAGGACCGCGAUGCCCUCUAUAACAACCUCUUCUACGAGCUUGCGCAGGUCUCUGUUGGCUCUUAUGGCACCGGCACAGGCACCUUUAGCGGAGGUGGAAGAGGUCGGUGGGCUUACCCUGGAGCGAAUACUACCUACACUUUUGCCAACGGAACCUCCAAGACUGUCGAAAAUAUCGCCUACCCCAUGUUCAACUUAGAUGGUAUUGAUUCAGGGGAGAAGCUGCAGCAGAACUUCUUCAACUACGACGCAGGCACCGCCAAUACCGAGGGGAAAGUAAACCUUCACGUUGUUCCUGGUGAUAAAGUCGCAGCAGCAGCUACUGGAUCGGCUGCUGGCUACCCACCCACCGUCAUUGCCGGGCCCUCAAACAUCAUCAACGGCUACUAUAUCGAUUCGCCAGACUACAGCAGCAUCGCGGUCCUCUCUGUACCUAAUUUCGUCGGAGAUAUAGACGACAACGUCGCCUUCCAGGCCACAAGUCGGAACUUCAUCGCCCAAGCCCUCGCAGAUAACAAGACGAAGCUAAUCAUCGACCUUUCCGCCAACGGCGGCGGCAGUGUGCUGCAAGCCUAUGACCUAUUCAAACAGCUCUUCCCCAGGCCCGCAUACCUCCCCUACGGCGCGACACGCUGGCGCGCCCACGAAGCCGCCGACCUAAUCGGCCAAUCUUUCAGCGCCGCCGCCUCGCAAUUUCCGCGAGUCCUAGACACGAUCCAAUUCUACGUCCAGGAAAUGCAGUCGACCUACUUCGACUACGAAAGCGACCUCGACGUCAACUACAAGCCCUUCACCUCGUGGCCCGAAAAGUACGCGCCCCGCGUGUACAACGGCGACAACUUCACCGGCAUCGCGCGCUACAACCUGUCCGACGUCCUCAUCACCCUCAUGUCGGGCGGCAUCGACAUCACCGGCUACGGCGCCCUCGCGAGCGCCUCCAACAACCCCCAGCCGUUCAAAGCCGAGGACAUCGUCAUCGUCUACGACGGCUACUGCGCGUCGACGUGCAGCAUCUUCUCCGAGCUCAUGCGGCAGCAGGGCGGCGUCAAGGCCAUCGCCAUGGGCGGGCGCCCCAACACGCACCCGAUCCAGGCCGUGGGCGGCACCAAGGGCGUGAAUAACCUCGACUGGGAGACCAUUCAGGCGUUCGUGCAGUUGGGGGUUAGGGCUUCGAGCGCGGCGGAGAGACAGCGGUAUGAAGAUAGCGUGCUGGGCACUGAUUACAACGCCGAGGGGCCGUUUGUCCGCACGUCUUGGGCGAGCGACCCCGGGUGCAACGUGCGAGAUGGGCUGAGGGAGGGCGAUGACAGCGGGACGCCGUUGCAAUUUCGCUACGAGGAGGCGGAUUGUCGGUUGUAUUAUACGCCCGAGAUGACGGUUGAUGCGACGGCGAUUUGGAAGGCAGCGGCGGACGCGCAGUGGGGUGGGUGGGGGAAGUCGAAGUGUGUGGCAAAUUGGUGGCCGUGGUCUAAGGAGAAGAGGGAGGUUACUACGACGCUGGGUAGGAGUAGACUAGGGAAGAGGGGUGCCGGUGCGAGUGAUGCAAAGGCUCUGGAGGAGUUGCUGAAGACGCUUGCGAUUAGGACGGAAAAUCAAUGGAAAGGGGAUGGGUUUAUGAAGCCAUAGGGGUGAAACUGAGUCGAACGGAUGGGAAAUAGUAGAACCAGUAGGAAAUAGCAG